CUCAAUUGUAUUGAUCAGCCAAAACCAUCUUGUUGGGGCACCACAGAAGGUUUAAUUUUCUCCACACAAGCUGACGUCGAAAGUGAAAAAAAUUCUGGCGUGCACGCACGUCAAAAUUUCAGCUGUCAGCCAAAUUUUUCAGUCAGCGUCCUUUUUUCCACGUUCCCCAUUCGACAUGCUGCUGAGAUCAUUCGUAGCGCAUCAAGGCAUUGCAGCACAGCGUGCAAGAUUAAUGACGUUUCGACCAACAAUAUACUUGAGCUACAGAGCUUCAGCGUCUUCUGCAGCACAAACAGAACCAUCCACUGUGUCGAAUCCAGAGCAUACCUUCUCCACCAUUAAUAUACGGCAGAGCACAAAGACUUUCUCAGGCAAACGAUGGACUGUCUUAUCAAUACCGAAGGACGGAUCAAAUGUGACUAAAUGGUUCCAAAAUGAAAGAAAUGGCGAUCAACAUCUCUCUGUAAAGCAAGCAAUCCUUCUCACUCGGGAUAAUAUGCUGUCUACAUUCCUCCCUCGGGGGUAUCCACACUCAGUAACACCUGAAUACAAAGGAUUUGCGUACUGGCAAAUGUGGCAUAAUAUGGCAGGCUCUGUUACAAGUGUUCUAUCAAUGCAAUCCAUGCUGUAUGCCAUUGGACUCGGAGCUGGCUCCAUUCCCUUGGCGGCUUCCAUCAAUUGGGUCUUGAAGGACGGUUUAGGGCAGCUGGGAGGAGUAUUGUACGCAUCUGCAAUCAGUGAUAAAUUCGAUUCGGAACCACGGUGGUAUCGGUUUAAAGGUACUCUGGUGAUGCAAGCCGCCAGUCUUGUUGAGUUGUUUACUCCGUUGUUCCCUGGAGCCUUUUUGGCCUUGGCAUCCAUCUCCAAUAUCGGAAAGAAUAUGGCAUGGUUGGCUACCUCAGCUUCAAGAGCACAUAUUCAUCGUACAUUUUGUUUGCGAAACAACCUUGGAGAUAUUACUGGCAAGUCCGGCUCGCAGGCAACGGCUGCAGGUCUUGCAGGAACAGGCAUUGGCGUCCUUAUUUCAGCUGGGAUAACCGUGAUGUCUCCUGGAUUAGUGGAGUCACAACAAUUACUAGCCCCAAUGUUCGCGGCAUGGUUGCCAUUUUCUGCUCUCAGUAUCUUUGCCGUCUAUCGAUCCAAUCGCUAUGCCGCUAACCGCUCACUUAACAGUGUAAGGGCGGAGAUGGUGAUUCGCGAAUACUUUGAACAAAAAGACCUGUCAACUCCGAGGCAGGUGGCGGAAACAGAAAGUUUCAUCCAGCGCAAUCCAUCACGUUUUAAGAUACCUAUACGAGUGGAGCCCCUACUGGAAGAGCAAGACGGUGCAGAAGCCUGGAAUUCUUUGGACGUGGAAUCAUUUCUUCGGCGUCGAUAUGUAGUCAUCAGCCAUGAAGACUACGUGACCGUGCAUUUUGAUCAGGAAGCAUCCUCUCAAGAUAUACUGAAAGGCUUUUACCAUGCUUGUGUAGCCAGAUGGGGUCUAGAGCGACGCCAUCAGUACCGGGAUAUUCAAUCCACCGUGGAUCGUACCUAUUCACCGUUCAUUACACAACUAAAGAACAUAGGAUGGGAUGUAGAUAGUCAAUUUAUCACCGAUGGCGACAGUAAGCGCAUCAUGCUGGAAACAAGCCAAACAUAGAGCGAAGGUGCGUGUCGUGGACGCACGGAAUGAACCAAAAAAGACUUUUUUUUUUUUUUCCCUUCUCUUCCCUACGCCCUAAAAUUUUCUUUUUAUAAUCUUGUCGUUACCAAGCUCGAUUGUUUGAUAAUGGAAAACGUGGUUUGUAUCGUUUGAAUGCGACCACUUUGUAUAUAUUCUUUCCACUCUAUACCUCUUUGCUUCUAUCUAAUGCAAUAAAUUUGAUGAUGUUCUGUUAAAGCAUAGCGAUUUUUCUAAAACCCAUUGUCUAUUUC